CGUAGCGUUCAGACGUGAUUCUCGCGCGCGCGUUCUCGACGCCUCGCCCGGCUAGUGCAUCGUGAGUGAUAGUUGUUUUUGCCUGCGAUCUCGUUCAAUGGAAAACGACGAAAACUGAGGAUUACAGUGGUACCAUUUGGAUGCGAACCCAAGAGAUACUGCGAAGGAAAUAAUGUGCUAAUAGUGAGUGAAAGCAACACUGUUACAAAAGUGUUUACUAGUGAGAAAGUAGCUCGGAAAAGGAAAUAAGGUUAUUUCCAAGCUAAACAUAAAAUGUUGGAGUUCUAUCAUAACCUGAACCUCAAUUCUGGAAUAGUACAGGGUCUCACGGUGGAAUCAAAUUUGCAGGAUGGUACAGCGGAUAGUAAUGAACGAACAGACAUCGUUGGGACGAUCAAAAGUGAAAAGACGCAGGAAAUCUGUGAAGGAUGCGGCCAGAAAAUCAAAGACAGAUAUUUUAUGAAACUUUCCCCGGAUCAGUACUGGCACGAACAGUGUCUUCUCUGUUGCAUCUGCCACAUCCAGCUCAACCAGUCCUGCUAUACGAAAAACACCAAAGUCUACUGCAAAGAUGAUUACUACCGAAUUUACGGCCUUUCGCCACUGCAGCAACAACAACAACAGCAGAAUGUGUCACGCGAUUGUUACGGCUGUGGUGAGCGAAUCACACCCAACGAAAUGGUUAUGCGAGCGAAAAAUCUAGUAUACCACCUAAACUGCUUUCUAUGCUAUACCUGCAACAGACCACUGCAAAAGGGUGAACCAUUCUCUCUGCGAGCCGGUAAACUCAUUUGUCAGCACGACCUAGAGAAAGAUAUGUACAACACCUUACACCCCCUGCACCCACAACACAGUCAGCAUACAUUGUACGGUGAGGACGAUUACCUGCUGGAAGAUGGUCUGCGAUCACGAGAUGGCCGUCGUGGGCCUAAACGACCGAGGACUAUUUUAACCUCGGUUCAACGACGCCAGUUCAAAGCAUCAUUCGACGUAUCCCCCAAACCGUGUCGAAAGGUACGGGAAGCACUGGCCAAGGAUACUGGCCUCUCGGUGCGGGUAGUCCAAGUGUGGUUCCAAAAUCAACGUGCCAAAAUGAAAAAGAUUUCCCGGAAAAGCAAAGCAGGACAAAGCAAUAACAGCGACGGAGACAAGAGUCAUUCGGACAAGGAGGAGAAGUCGAUCAAACUUGAGUCACCCGUGAGCGAUCACAGCCACUACUUGGGUGUCGAUGGAUCAUUUGGGUCUACUAGUCAACCGUUGAACCCAAAUCUACCCUAUUCUCCAGAUUUUCCGGAAAACUCAGACGCCAGCAUGUGUAGCAGCGACAUUUCGCUAGAUGAAAGUUUCGAUAACCUGGACGAGGCCACGUCAGACACCAUGUCGCUGCAAAAUCUGGACCUUCAGACGAGUCUAAACAGUAGCAGCAAUAGUAACAACAGCGCGAACAAUAAUAACAACAACAACAACAACAACACCAGUGCCAGCUUAGUCAAUCACAACAAUAACAAUAUCAACAGUUUAAUUCCUGGAACCAGCAUCACCCAUAUAGAUAAGCUAUAUCUAAUGCAAAAUUCAUAUUUCAACGCUACAGCCAUCGAGCAAUGAU